GCUCCACACCUUCUGCGUGGAUGGGUCAGAGAAUUAGCAGCUGCGCGCACACGCCGACUAAGCUCGUGGCUGCGGGAGCGCGCGCAGACUGUCCACCAUCUCAGCCCCUCGACGGACAACGCGCUUUUGCUCCAUCUCUGCGAAAAACAUCCUCCUCAGCUCUGAGGGAUGAAACGCAAAAGAAUAUAUAUCCUUCACCACAGCGAUGAGUGAGUCUUCGUCUAUUCACUCUGCAAAGCUUAUUUCAUUGGCACGAUCUAUUUCCGGGCUCGGGCUUGACGCUGCCAAUGGAUGCCCCAUCGCCCCGCCUGAAAAUGACGACUUGCCUUUGCCGGAGUCUGGUAUAGAUCUUGGUCCUGGACUGUAUUUCGCUGAUGGCAAAAGGAAAGUCGACUAUGUCCUCUGCUACAAAUUAAAAAAAAGGCGACCAUCCAGAGGACGUGCCUCCAUUGUAUCCAAUGGCAGUAUUCAGCUCCCAAUUCCAAGCCUCUGGGAAUCAGAACCGGAGUCCGGAGACAACAACCCACCAACGAUUGACAUGGAGGAGUCCAAGCUUUCGGAGCAGGAAAAGGCUAUAAUGAGGGAGGAAUUUGAAACUGGACUUCUGGAUGCUGGGAUUCAAAUAGAACGUGACAAAGAGAAGUCAAGUGGCAUUUUUUUCAUCCGCCUGCAUGUCCCAUGGCCAAUUCUUAGUCGGGAAGCAGAGCUCCAGAAGAUUAAAGUCCCUGUCAAGAAGAAAUGUGAGCUCCGAAAGAGACUCGGCAUCGCUGGGAUGUGGGAUUCAUUUGUGGCCAAAGUCAAUACUCCAUUUCAGCCUGACGUCCCAGCAUUGGAAGUCCACCGAGACUCGCAGACUCGUUCCCACUUGAAAACCCUCAAACAUCCCUUCAUUAGAGACAAGCUCCACCUGUACGACAUCAAGUCAACGGAAACCCUCUUCGAUAAUGCAACACGCAGCCGAAUAGUAGCUGAGAUCAUCUCACGCGUCACAUGUCGACAGACCUGUCAGACCACUGGUAUUAUGUCAUUACUGGCCAAGGGUGUUUACAUCUCAGCCUUUCCUCUGCACGAUGGUUCGUUCACGAGAAGAGGACGUAGAGAUCAGCGAAAUGACCGACAGAUCCUCCAUGAAGAGUGGGCCAAUUAUGGAGUCAUGCACAAAUACCAGCCUGUGGACCUCAUCAGGAAGUAUUUUGGAGAGCAGAUCGGCUUGUAUUUUGCCUGGCUGGGUGUUUACACGCAGCUCCUCAUCCCUCCGUCCGUGCUGGGCAUCAUUGUCUUCAUCUAUGGUGUUUUCACUGUGGAUACAAAUGUGCCAAGUCAGGAGGCAUGUGACGACAAGAAGAACAUCACCAUGUGUCCACUGUGUGAUGGAGUGUGCGACUACUGGCAGCUCAGUACAGUGUGUUCACUGGCCAGGGCCUCGUACCUUUUUGACAACGGAGCUACCGUCUUUUUUGCUAUCUUCAUGUCUCUUUGGGCUGCCUGUUUCCUGGAGCACUGGAAAAGAAGGCAGAUGUGUCUGAAACAUUCAUGGGACCUAACAAGCCUGGAAGAUGAAGAGGAGCGAGUACAGGAGGCGCUCAGACCUGAAUACGAAGAAGCUUUGCAGGAAAAGAAAGAUAAGAUUAAAGCACAGUUGCAAAAGUUGAUGGCUCCAAAGGGCAACGGAGUGGACGGUGAAACGGACCAGAUGCUGGCCUCUCAGACAGAACCAGAAUCCCUGGAUAUAGAGGAUCACCUGUCCGGAUACCUCAUCAAUUUAUCCACACUGCUCCUGCUGAUCUUCGUGACCCUCUCGGCAGUGUUGGGCGUGGUGGUUUAUCGCAUCUGCAUGUUAAGUGUUUGGUCCAUGAACCCAGACCCGGAAGCCCAGGCCAGCGUUCGGAUGACUGUCACGACCACGGGCAUCGUCCUCAAUAUGCUAGUGGUUCUGGUGCUGGAAGAGGUUUACGGAGCCGUUGCUGUAUGGCUGACUGAGCUGGAGCUUCCCAAGACAAAAAAAGAAUUUGAGGAACGUUUGAUUUUCAAGUCUUUCUUCCUAAAAUCCAUGAACGCCUUUGCACCUAUUUUCUACGUGGCCUUCUUUAAGGGCAGGUUUUCUGGGCGACCUGGUGAUUAUGUUUACGUCUUUGGAGACUACCGCAUGGAGGAGUGUGCCCCGCCAGGCUGUCUCAUCGAGCUGUGCAUCCAGCUCAGCAUGAUCAUGCUUGGAAAACAGCUCAUUCAAAAUAAUGUCUUUGAGAUUCUCAUUCCUAAGUUAAAGAAGAUGUACAGGACGAUACAGGAGGAAAAAGUGAAGAAGAAUGCAGCCCGUGAUGUCGAGAAUGACGGCGAAGAGAAGAAAACCAAACAGCAAUUUGACAAAGACUUUACUCUGGAACCAUAUGAAGGUGUCACACCAGAGUAUAUGGAAAUGAUCAUCCAGUAUGGGUUUGUGUCUCUGUUCGUGGCAUCCUUCCCUCUCGCUCCGGCUUUCGCCCUUCUCAACAAUGUCAUCGAGAUACGCCUCGACGCUGCAAAGUUUGUCACCGAGAUCCGCCGGCCGGACGCAGUAAGGUGUAAAGACAUAGGGAUUUGGUACAACAUUCUCUGUGGGAUUAGCAAGUUCUCUGUCAUUACCAAUGCAUUUGUCAUCUCCUUCACCUCGGAGUUUGUUCCGCGGAUGGUCUACCAGUACAUGUACAGUGAAAACGGCACCAUGAACGGCUUCACCGAACACUCGCUGGCGUUCUUCAACGUCACCAACUUCAAACCGGGCAGCGCGCCCACAAGCACUCUCUUCAACGGAGUUACCAUGUGCAGGUAUAAAGACUACAGGGAUCCACCGUGGGAGACAGAUGCCUACUCCUUCUCUAAGCAGUACUGGUCCAUGCUGGCAGCCAAACUGGCUUUUGUUAUAUUUUUCCAAAACUUGGCCAUGUUCCUCAGCAUGUUAGUUGCCUGGUUGAUUCCAGAUGUUCCACGCUCACUGCGGGAACAGCUGAAGAAAGAAAACAUGACGCUCAUGGAGUUUCUGCUAAAUCAGGACCAGGAGGCACAAGUGAAGCCUCGCUCCAAACAGGCCAAUCCAUGCUUCCCUCCCUGUAUUGAGAUUGUGGUUGAAGCACCAAAGGAUGAGCUGAAGUUAGAUAAGGGAGAUGACUGCAGCCUCCAAGAAAUCUGUCGAGCCAGUGAUAGUGGCCCGGAGUUAGGAGGGUUGCUUGAAGAAGCUAAAGCAGCAGAUAGUGAAAGUGGGGAUGAAGAGAUGAGAGGAGAGGAAGAGGUCAACGCAGAUGUAGGUGUCAGUCAGGAAGAAGUUCUCCAAAUGGAGGUGGAUAAUCGCCCUGAAGAGAAAACUGAGGAGAAGCAGAUGGACCUGGACUCCUUCAUGACAGAACUGGGCCUUUUAGAUGAGGAUUCUUCGUCACAAGGAGACGCAGUGCUUCCUCACUCAAGCUCCCAGGAAAAAGAUCUGUCCUCACGACCAGGUCUGCCUUCUAAGAGGACCUCAGCUUCUCAUCUAACAAGCUCCAGACCGGAUGUGCGAUCAUCAGAUAACAACACAAUGCUCAUCGGGCUUAUAGCUCCUCCUCCUCAUGAGCCGGGCCCGAGGGCCAAGGUCCGCUGCUCAACCCUGCCUUCACGCCACAGGGGCACCGAAGCUUGUUACAGCCUGCCACGACCCAGUCACUCCACCAGCCUUACUAGAGUCCAGCAGUCCACAGAACUCACGCCUCUGGUUCCCCUCAGCUCCUCCUUGUCGCGCCCAUUUCCCUCUUCACGUACCCCACAGUCACUCUCAGACAGCCCACCGAACGCCACAAGUGAACCCUUUGCCCUUAAAGGACCUCCUCCACAACAGCCUCGGUCCAGGGGCAAAUCCAGGUGCUCUACUCUUCCUUCACGACGAAGAGUCCACGAUCCAGAGGAAACCACUACCAAGCCAAGCCAGUCUACCAGCUUCACCAAGCUGUCAGACCGCAUCCCUCCGUCCCCCAGCCAGCUGAAGAAAAACACCCCAGUAUGAAGCGUGGAAAGAAGAUACCGGGAUGACCAGGACUGAAUGUUAAUCUCCUGUCUGUGCCUGGAUGCGUGACCCAGUCCUGCUUGCGUCUGUGUAACACCUGGGGUCUGGAGAAGGACCAUCCAGAUUAUGUGAACCUACUUUUCAUCCUCUUAAUCUGCAGAGAUGACUUCUCAGUCAGUUAAGGCUGGCCUUCACAAGGACACGGCUGGAAAACCCUCUAAAACUCUAUGCCGCUCUGUGUUCUUUUGUUUGUCGUUGUUGUCACCCACUGCCACAGCUCCUCAGUUAUCAGACCAGAGGAACAUAGAUUCUAUGAAAGCCACUGUUAGAAGCAGUUCACAAUGCUUGUAGACCUGUUUUAGGGAUCUUUUUAUAUAUAAACAAUAUAAUGUUGCAAUAAAAGUUGUACUGUUGACUCCUAUUAAAGAUUUUAUUUC